UAUUCGAAAGGCACAAAGAAAGAGCACUCGCGCAGCGACCUUCGCCUGUCAUGAACCGAAUCCUUGCGGCAUUUUUCGGAAAGUUUAAAAAAAAUGUAAUGCGAGGCAUAAAGACAACAAACCAGUAACACUUCCGCUUCUAAAUUGCCCGUAGGCUGAAUGUUAAGCUGUUCUCUAGAGUCUAGAGGUUCAGAAAGAAACGACUCUCCCAAGUGUGCUCUAUAUUUCUGUCCCGUGUAUGGCGGCAACGAAACGGAAACUGGAACUCUAUUUCUUUCCUACCUCUACGUGAGACCCUCUGAUAAGCCGGUUUGUUUCCGGAAGCGGCCUGGUUCGAACCCGGAAGCGGAAGCUGUUCAGGAAAGACAGUUGUUGUUGGCAUGUGGAGCUGGCUACUUCGGAAUCGGUUCUGGCCGCGAAGGCCGAAAGGUCCCGUCUCGCCUUUCUCGGCUCCCGCACAAUGGCCCGGGCGGCAGCCGCCAGUGCCCGCUCAGCGCUUGCUCAGCAGCCAGCUGCGCUUGCACGAGCUGUUCGCGAUGCCUGCCUUGCAGCGCUUCCUGGACAAGCAGCAGGAGCUGGGAGAGCGUCGUGGGAGUUCCCGACCGGAUCUGGCGGCGCAGAUUCGCCUCUUGCAGGGCAAGGAGCAGGAGCUGCGCGAUAUAGAGCGCCUGGCUAGGGAAGAUGAAAGUGAAGAUUUGAGAAAGCUUGCAGAAAAGGAAGUUGUUUCCUUUCAGGAAGAGAUAGCAGAAUUGAAACACCAGAUACUGUUGCUUUUGAUUCCUUUAGAUGAAACAGACAAAAGUGAUCUCAUCCUGGAAGUAACUGCUGGUGUUGGGGGUCAGGAAGCUAUGCUAUUCACUGCAGAGAUGUUUCAUAUGUAUCAACAGUAUGCUGCAUAUAAAAACUGGAAUUUUGAAGUUCUGCAAUAUGCUUCCAGUGAUCUAGGUGGUCUGAGACAUGCAUCUGCCACUAUAGCUGGCACUGAAGCAUAUAAACAGAUGAAGUUUGAAGGUGGAGUACAUCGUGUCCAGCGAGUGCCGAAAACAGAGAAGCAAAGUCGCAUUCAUACCAGCACAAUGACUGUAGCAAUACUGCCACAACCAAAUGAGAUAAAUCUGACAAUCAAUCAUAAGGAGUUGCGUAUUGAAACAAAACGAGCCAGUGGAGCUGGUGGUCAGCAUGUAAAUACCACAGAUAGUGCUGUACGAAUAGUCCACAUUCCCACAGGUGUGGUAUCUGAAUGUCAACAAGGUCGAUCUCAAAUCAAAAAUAAAGAAAAAGCUAUGCAGAUGCUUCGUGCCAAACUAUACAGUAUCAAACUUGAAGAAGAGUCAAAAAAGAGAGAAACAGCCAGAAAGAUUCAGAUUGGGACUAAAGGAAGGUCUGAGAAAAUCAGAACCUACAACUUUCCACAAGAUCGGGUUACUGACCACAGGAUAAGCAGAUCAGUGCACUACAUUGAAAAGUUCAUGUUAGGGGAGGAACUGCUAGAUGAAAUGAUACAGUCCAUAAGAGAAUAUGCUGACUAUGAGACUGUAAUGGAAGUAAUUUCGGAAAGUAACCCAACCAGGCCAAGGUGAUCUUCACCUUCUAUCAUCACAGGUAUGGAAAUACCAAACUAGCUGCACAUCAGCUUGCUUGGACUUGCCUAAUUGAGAAUCUCUCUGCCUAUGAAAAGUGCUAAACUAUAAUGCCAAGCAGUCUUUUGAAACAAAAGAUGAACUGCUUUCAUUAGAGCUGCUAUUGUUUCACGUAGAGAGCUUUAAGUAAGGAUGUUCUUUAGAUAUCCUAGUUUGUACUCUUGAAAGGGAAGUGCUGUUGUAUUUUGGCAGAAAAUGGAGACAGCACCUACUUACAACAAGCUCUUGUCAUGCACAAUCAAAUAUAUUAAGUGGAAUAACAAAGUUAAUGCUGUGUUACUUGAAUAGUUACUAGGGAUGUGCACGAAUCGUUUCAGCAGGGCGGGUACCUUUUUUAAGCACGAGUAAAGCCAGUCCUUACCUGCUCCUCCGCUGCCCCACUGCAUUUCCUGGUGCAGCACUGCACCACUGCCUCUAUGUGCAUCCCACUGCCACAUGCAGGCUGCUGGAUGCAGUGUGGCAUCUGCGCACAGACUUCUCAGUGGCGCAUCAGGAAAUGUGGUUGGAAGACAGAGGAGCAGGUAAGGGCCGCCUUUCCUCGUGCUUAAAGGUACUGCUCCCUGCCCGCCCCAGCACUGGGGGAGAGCUAGUCUUGUAGUAGCAAGCAUGAAUUGUCACAUUUGCUAAGCAGGGUCCACCCUGGUUUUUAUUUGAAUUGGAGACUACAUGUUUGAGUGCUGUAAGAUAUUCCCCUUAGGGAAUGAGAACACUUAAUGCACAACGUGGAAGUAAAUUUCAUUUCAGUUGGAUGUAGGGUUGCCAACUGUCCCUCACUGUGUGGGGCAUCCCUCAUUUCAGGGAUGAAAUGUUGAUCCCCUAUAGGGACAGUAUUUGUCCCUCAUUUUGAUGGCAGGGCAAGCAGCUUCUUAUUUUGAGAAGUUUUUGGUUGAAAAGUGCUAUAGCUUGAAUAUGUUCUAAAUAACAAUGCUGGCAUUAUUCAAUAGCAUAUAAUUCAAUUAAAUACACAUCUAUGAUACCUUGAUUACCACUGCAUACACCCGCCCCCCCAGCAAACAUGUGUCCCUCAUUCUUGCAGUGAAAUGUGGGCAACCCUAGUGGGAUGUUCAAAUUCAGCCUGCUUAGGACUGGGUUUACAAACAUGAACCUGCCUUAUGCCGUCAUACAUCUUGGUCAGUAUUGUCUAUGCUGACUGUCAGAAGCUCUCCAGGGUUUUACACGGGUUUUUUGCCCAGCUUUAUCAGGAGAUGCCAGGGAUAGAGCUGGGAACUUCUGCAUGCAUAGUAUGUACACUUUCACUGGGCAAUUCUAUCUGUUCUCUGCUGGGAUCACAGGCAUAAUAAACUUCUAACAACUGGCAGCAUAUUUAUUUUAUUUAACACAUUUGUAUACCUCCCAAAACGCAAGUCUCUAGGUGGUUUACAACAAAACAAAAGAUAAAAACAUUUCAACAAUUAAAAUUUAAAAUGUUAAAACUAUUUAAAACACAAUUAAAACAAUAUCUAAUUAAAAGCUUGGGUGAACAAAUGCGUCUUGACUGCCUUUUAAAAGUUGUAAGAGAUGAGGAGGCUCUUACUUCAGCAGGAAGUGUGUUCCAAAGCCUCGGGGCAGCAAUGGAGAAAGCCCAUCCCCGAGUGGCCACCAGAUGAGCCGGUGGCAACUGCUGACGAACCUCUCCAGAUUAUCUCAAUGGGCGGUGUGGUUCAUAGCUAAGAAGGUGUUCUCUUAAAUACUCAAGCUGUUUAGGGCUUUAUAGGUUAUAACCAAAACCUUGUACUUUGCCUGGAAACCUAUUGGCAGCCAGUGUAGAUCUUUUAAGAUGGGAGUGAUAUGGUCUCUCCGAGAUGACCUAGAGACCAACCUGGCUGCCACGUUCUGGACUAACUGCAGUUUCCGGACUGUGCACAAAGGCAGCCCCACUUAGAGCACGUUGCAGUAGUCAAGUCUGGAUGUUCCAGUAGAUGUACUACUGUUCUGAGGUCAUUUAUCUCAAGAAAUGAACGCAGCUAGUGUAUCCACCGCAGCUGAUAAAAGGCACCUAUGGCCACUGCCUCAACCUGGGACACCAGAGAGAGUUUUGUUUCAUAGGAUUGGGCUGGUACUAGUUGCCUCUUUGUGCUUAGAUAAAGGAAACUUCUUCCAAAA